AAAUAAAAGAAAAAAGUGAUGCAGAUUUUGAUAAAGAAGAACUUGAUCGAGUACGACAAAAAUUUAAUGCAAAAAAAUUAGCUCAGCAAGAAAAGAAAAAAACACUUCAACUUGGUAUUGAUGAUGAUGAUGAUAAUCAAAAAGAUAUUUCAACGACAAAAUCAAAUGAAAAUGUUAAACUUGAAAUUGAACGAUUAAAAAAAUAA